CAUUACAACUGCCACAUGUCUUCUUUGCAGAUCAAGGACAUUGAAGUGCUCAACUGUGAAUAUGGCAAGAAUACCAUUAAGUUCCUUCGCCUUCACAGGGAGGGAAAGAAGCAUUUUGUUAAAGAAGUGGAAGUGUGUGCGCAUCUCCGGCUGACUUCUCCUCAGGAGUACUUGGAAGGAAACAAUUCUCUUGUGAUACCUACGGACACCAUAAAGAAUAUUGUCCUUGUGUUGGCCAAAAAAAAUGGGAUCCCAAGUUUAGAACAAUUUGCUAUAGAUAUCUGCAAUCACUUCAUGACAACAUUUUGCCAAGUGGCGUACGUCAAAACCUACGUUCAAGAAGUACCAUGGCAACGUCUGUAUGAGGAUGGCGUUCCCCACAUCCACUCAUUCAUAUGUGUUCCCGAUGGGAUCCGCUUUUGUGAAGCUGAGCAGUGCCGGAAUGGUCCUCUGAUUGUUUUUGCUGGAAUUAAGGACCUGAAACUUAUGAAGACAACACAGUCUGGAUUUGAAGGCUUCUAUAAGAAUGAACACACCACACUUCCUGAAAGGCAUGACAGGAUCCUAUGUGGAGAGCUCUUCUGCAAAUGGUCAUAUGGCGAAUGCAAGGAUUUUGACUUUGACUGCAUAUGGAAGAAAAUCCGUGAAUGUAUCCUUGAAGCCUUUGCUGGACCACCUGACUGUGGGGAAUAUUCACCCUCUUACCAGAAAACUGUCAACUGUAUCCAGAUGCUUGUCCUUUCCAGAGUGUCACAGGUACAGGUGAUAGAAGUCGUCUUGAACAACACUUUUUAUAAUGUUGUAGACAUGAAGAAUCUAGGCUUGAACAAUGACAAAGAAGUUUUGGUUCCAGUGGAAGCUCCUUAUGGCUCCUGUGCUUGCACGCUUGGCCGGAAGAAGUUUUUUGAAGCACAAGGCCACAUGUUGAGAGAUGAGAGGAAAUGUCAGUUUGGACUGGCAGCUGCCCAGGGAAACUAA